AUGGGGGUGAGGCUCCGAGUCUGGCCGGCGGCUCCCCAUUCAAUCUCCCGCUGUCCCCGUCCUCUUGGGGCGGUGCUUUCUAUCCUGCUGGCUGGAGGGUCCCGGAAGGGGACUCCAACUGCGCGAUGUCUCGGCCAGAGGACAAAGGAGAAGCGGGUUGGGGGCCGCUCUCUGCGCUCGGAGGCCGGCUCAAGCCCCUGCCCUACUGCUGGGGCUCAGCCGACCGCUCCGUCCUCCGCCUGGCCACCGCGACUCCGGCCACGCACGUGUCCACAGAUGUCCGGUGAACUCCCACGUGUGCGUCCCACACGGGUCGGCCUUUCUUCCUUGGGCUCGGGCCCCAGACACCCACCCUCGGGGACACGUAUGUGCGGGGAGCGCGCCCGGAACCGUCGGGGCCGAGCACGGCGUCUCACGCCAGGGCAGCCGCGGAUCGGAGCAUCCGCUGAUCCAGGACCCCCCCUCCCGCCCGCCAGGCCACGUUGUUCGGGCAGCUGUCACCUCCCUCGGCCGCCGCAGCACCUCUCGCCCCCGCAGCCCGGCCGCGUUCGGAUGGGCGCAGCAGAAGGGAGCCGCCGCACUCACCACGCUCACCGCCGCCGCCGCGCUCGCCUCCCCGCCCCGCGCUCGGCCAGCAUCUAG